AUCUGAUUGUUAUCCAUUCUUUUUCUAAUUCCUUAGUUACAGAAAACAAAACUAUAAUAAAUGUCAUCGAAAUGAUACAUACUGGAAUAAUUGUAUUUUCACUAGUAUCAACUUUUGUGCUGAGCUGCCACGAAAAUUGUGUAGAUUAUGAAUUAAUACCAAUCGAUUCCAAUUUGAUCGAGACGUUACACAACAGACUUAGAGAUCAUGUUGCGUCUGGUAAAGCUAAAAUCGGAUUCACUCCAUCUUCUGCAGGCAAUAUGCAUAUGUUGCAAUGGAGUGAUUGGCUUGCAAGGAUGGCACAGAAGUGGGUUAGUUGCUGUGUCCAGUUGAACGAUAAAAUCCAAUACGACCCGGAAAAGAGUAAUUUGAUUGGACAAAACAUCUUAACUAUCACAACCAAUCAUACCCCAGAUGAAGAAAUUCUCAUCUUACAUUGGUACAAGCAAAUUAAAAAUAUCGAAGAGUCGGACGUUAAAAAUUUCACAACUGUGGUGAACAGUCACGGAAAAAUUGGGCAGUAUAGUCAACUGAUGUGGGCGAAAACAAGAGAGGUCGGAUGUGCCAUGGCGAGUUAUUCUCAGUUAACAUCGGAAAACAUCAAAACUGGUAACAAAUUGUUUAGAUUUGUAUGUAAUUAUACUCCGACCGGAAAUGUUUUUGGCGAGCCAAUUUAUCUAAUUACUCCGUCACCGUGUUCCAAAUGUACGAACGGUUGCGACGUCGUGAUGAAGAAUUUGUGUAAAAAUGAUAAAUUCCCAGCAACCCGUUCUAAAGGACGACCUAUUGCACCUGAACGCAAAUUUGCUCCGGUGUCUGACAAAAGAAAUCCUCUUCCAGUAAUCGAUCAUAUAUACACAUCGUACAACAGUUAUGUUAGAGUUACAUCCGAAUUUCCCGAAGGUUCUAAAUGCACAUGCUUGUUACGUCUACCGAAUAAGUUAAGUGUGAAUGAAAAUUAAUGUAAAAUAUUUGUUAAUUUAGUUAUUUGUUGUGGCAAUUAAUAAACUAA